CCACCUUGCAAAAGUCAAACUGAAUAUCUCCAUGACCGGUGACCCAAAGAAACAUUACGUUCACAUGAUUUAACUUUUUGACGUUUCUGCUCUGUUGUUUUGCAUAUUAACAGCACCCUAAAGCUGAGAAUUCUUACACUUUGCUCGUUUUGGGUGGUUUUUGGAGGACUGCAUAAUGGCCGGACUGAAAGAAAGGUUUCAGGCUUUUGUGAACAAUAGAUGGCUGGUUUUUGUUGCUGCAAUGUGGAUGCAAUCUUGUACUGGGCCUGGCUAUAUAUUUGGCAGCAUAUCGCCAGUGAUGAAGAGUUCUUUGAAUUAUAAUCAAAGGCAGCUUUCAAAGUUGGGUGUGGCUAAAGAUCUUGGAGGUAGUGUUGGGUUUAUAGCCGGGAGUUUGUCUGAGAUAUUGCCUCUAUGGGGUGUUUUGCUUGUUGGUGCUUUGCAGAAUCUUAUCGGUUAUAGUUCGCUUUGGUUGAUUGUUACUGGGAAAGUUCCGGUUUUCCAACUGUGGGCUAUGUGCGUCUUAAUUUUUGUGGGAAACAAUGGUGAGACCUACUUCAAUACGGCUGCACUUGUUUCUUGUGUGCAAAACUUUCCCAAAAGCAGGGGUCCAGUGGUAGGAAUCCUCAAGGGAUUCGCUGCUUUGAGUGGUGCAAUUUUGACUCAGAUAUACACAAUGAUUAAUUUCCCAGAUCAAGCAUCUUUGAUAUUCAUGGUUGCUGUUGGACCAACCAUGGUGGUUUUUGCUUUGAUGUUCAUUAUCAGACCUGUUGGAGGUCACAAAGAAGUGCGUCCAUCUGAUGGUUUAAGUUUCACAGUUGUUUAUAGUGUGUGCCUCCUUUUGGCUGCUUACUUGAUGGCAAUCAUGCUUCUAGAAGAUCUUGUUAGUGUGAGCCACAAUUUAAUCACAGUUUUUACUCUGAUUUUGUUUGUUCCUCUUUUCAUUCCCAUCGUAUUGAGUUUCUGCGAAGAGUAUAGAGAUCCGGCAGAAGAGGUUCUACUACCAAAGCCUUACCAACAUGACGCCGGAAAUCCCGAACAGGAUACUCGGGAACAUGAAGUAGUAUCCAGUGAGUUUAAAGAUGAAAACCACGAGGAAGUAGACUCACUUGUGGUGCCGGAAGGGCAAAAACGAAUUGCUCAGUUGCAAGCAAAACUUUUCCAAGCGGCUACUGUAGGGGCAGUAAGGGUGAAGAAUAGAAAAGGUCCUCAUAGAGGGGAGGACUUCACCUUGAUGCAGGCUUUGACCAAAGCAGACUUUUGGCUUAUUAUGUUCUCUCUUCUAUUAGGUUCAGGAUCAGGGUUAACAGUUAUAGAUAAUCUUGGUCAGAUGAGCCAAUCUCUAGGGUAUGAUAAUACUCAUAUAUUUGUAUCCAUGAUUUGCAUUUGGAACUUCAUCGGUCGUGUUGGUGGCGGUUACAUCUCGGAGAUCAUUGUGAGGGAUCAUGCUUAUCCAAGGCCAAUUGUCAUUGCUGUGGCGCAGCUUGUUAUGGCUGUUGGCCAUGUCUUUUUUGCUAUGGGAUGGCCUGGAGCAAUGUAUAUUGGUACUUUGUUGAUAGGGCUUUGCUAUGGUGCUCACUGGGCAAUUAUGCCAGCUACUGUCUCUGAGUUGUUCGGCUUGAAAAAGUUCGGGGCUUUCUACAAUUUCCUCAAUCUGGCAAAUCCUGCUGGUACACUCGUCUUCUCAGGUGUAAUUGCUAGUAGAAUUUAUGACCGUGAAGCAGAGAAACAAGCUCGUCAACAUCGUAUACAAUCGCAUAUUUCAGGCUCAAUUUUCUCAGGAAUGCUUGCCGCAGAUGAAUCGCUUAAUUGUGAAGGAUAUCCUUUUCCAAGAGAAUUUCAGAUGAAUUUACACUCAGAUGAAAGAAAGCAGGUUCAGUGACGUUACUAAGGUCAAAAUAUCAGUUUCAUUCCAUGAGGUGUUAUGUUCUAUGUUGGUCACCCUUGUGUGCAAGUUUCGGAUAUUGGUAUUUAUCUAACACGGGUAUAUUCAACUUUUUAAAGCUUUUUCAUGUAUUUCGAGAGUCUUUAGAGAAUAGUAUUCUCAACUCAGAGAUGCAUCAGACAUGGAAGCUUCAAAAUAAAAAAUGAAGAAUCAAAGCAACAUAAAAUUGAUGGAGCUUCAUUUUCAAGGAGAAAAUAAUAGAUUAAUGACUUACAUGCAUUGUAAGAGAAUGUCAUGAUACCUUCCAAUUUUACUUCAUUUUAAGAUACUUGUAAAACGAGUAUCGCUAAAUGCUAAGUUACUAACAGUAUCCUCUCAAGAAUGUGAGGGAACUAAAAUCAGAUGCCAAAAAUGGACAAAAAUAACAAAUGAAACUAGCCAUUAAAAUUUCCAAAUUGGAUACAUCAAGUUUGUACACUUUCCAGAUACCAAUCUAACUUCAAUACAAGAAAAGCAUAUAUAGAUAUAGUUCACGGAUUCAAUCAGCAAACAGGAUUAUCAUCCGUAGCAUCGGCAGCCGAAGCAAGCACAAGUUCAGGUUGAACUAAAAUUCCUUCCUUUUUUGCCUUCGUUUGAUCACGUCGCAUCCUGAAGUACUCUCUCUUCCUU